ACUGUCAAGCAUGUCAUGGCUUGUUUAUAUUUUUUCUCGAAUCAACACACGUUUUGUUACUUCCUCCAUAAUUUCAGUUUCUCAAAAAAUAAAAUUAUUAAUUUCUUUCCCGAUCGAUAAAACACCUCAAGCAUAAUGGCCUUAAAACAAAACCGUGCUCGCCUAUCGAAAGGAAUUCUCGAAAUGAAAUUCAUGCAACGGACCAAGGCAAAAGUCGACAAAGAAAUCGAGGAAGCCGAAGGACGAGCCAUGUACUCGAGCGAGAUCACAGACAAAAUGAAUCAAAAUUCUAAUUUUAUCAUCGAACCAAGUUUUAUGUACUGCGAGGGUCUUAUCGAAGGAAGACUCAGUUAUCGUGGUAUGAAUCCAGAAAUUGAACGUCUCCUUGAAUUGGAACAAGAAGAAAAGGACAAAAAGACGAGACCACCUCCACAAGCGAAUGACGUGUCGGACAAGGAUAUGCAAGCUUUUUACGAAAAUAAUUUAGCAAGGACAAUGCAGAAAAAGUUCGAUAAGAAAAGGAAGAGUAAUGACAACAGCAAAGGAGGAAAUAAAAAGUUGAAAUUUCAAAAGCCAAAAGAAGAUGACUGAAAAAGAAAAUUGAUGUUUCAAAGAUUGCAUUGUAUA